AUGUUGACAAGUCUCCAAGGGUCUUUAUGGGCUCGACCCGCAUCUCCCAGUGUUUUCAGUCCUGUGUCUGUGUCCGCAGAUGUGUUCCAGGUGAUUGGCCCCUCCAAACCCAUAGUAGCAGUGUUGGGUGGUGAUGCCAUUCUGCCCUGCUCCCUGUGGCCAGCCAUGAAUGCAGAAGACAUGGAGCUGUGGUGGUUCCGUUCCACAUUCACAGAAGCAGUGCUCGUCUAUCAGAAUGGCCAGGAGCUGGACGAGGAGCAGCUGCCCCAGUAUGCAGGGCGGACCUCACUGGUGAGGGAUUUCCUCUCUCGGGGUGAGGCUGCUGUGCACAUCCAGAACAUACAGGUUUCAGACAAUGGCAAGUACACUUGCCUCUUCAAACAAGGAGGACAAUAUGAAGAGGCCAUUUUAGAACUGCAGGUGGCAGGCUUGGGCUCUGCCCCACAAGUGCACAUUGAAGGGCCAGAGAAGGACGGAGUUCGUGUGGUGUGCAAGGCUUCAGGGUGGUUCCCAAAGCCCCAGGUGCAGUGGAGAGACGUCCGUGGAGAGAAGUUCCCGGAGUUCUCUGAGGACCACACCCAAGACACAGCAGGGCUGUUCAGCGUGGAGGCUGCUCUGGUGGUGAGAGACAGCUCUGCAGGGGAUGUGACCUGCUCCAUCCUCAAUCCCAUCCUGGGCCAGGAGAAGGUCAUGGCCAUCCCGAUCCCAGAGCCCUUCUUCCCUCAGGCCUCUCCCGGGAAGGCAGCUUUCGCUGUGAGCCUGACUGUGCUGGGGCUGCUACUUGUUGGAGCUGGCUGGGUCACCAAGAGAGAGCAUUCUGCAAAGGUGCGGGAGAGGCAGAGACAGAAGGAUCUGUGCCGGGCUAAGCAGGAAUACCAGCAGGCAAAGGAGGAGGCGCUGAAGUCCAGAGAUGAGCUCCAGGCAGAACUCGGUUGGAGGAAGGCAGCAUUCCGGGCUGGCUGGAGGAAGGCGCAGCUGUAUGCUGACUGGCGAAAGGAAGAGUUCCAGGCCUGGUCUGUCACUCUGGAUCCAAGUUCUGCCAAUGCUGACCUUGCCAUCUCUUUUGCAAAGACAAGCGUGACCUGGAAAUACAAAAAUUUGGAUUUAUGGGGGAAAUACAGUAUUUUGGGCCUUGAGGGCAUCAUGUCAGGAAGAUGCUACUGGGAGGUGGAGAUCAGGGCUGAACAGUGUAGGAACUGGGCUCUGGGGGUUUGUAUAGAGAAUGUGGGAAGGACAGGCAAUUAUAGAGAGUCUCCACAGGAGGGAUUCUGGGUUGUGGAGUGGUUUCUUGGUUCAUGCAUUGUCUUUACUGAGAACUCAAUGCUUUUAUCCCUUAGACAGGAUCCUUGCAGGGUUGGGAUCUUUCUGGAUUACAGUGAAGGGGAUGUCUCCUUCUACAAUAUGACUGAUGGGUCCCAUAUUUUCUCCUUCUCCUCAGCUUCAUUUUCUGGACCCCUCUUCCCAUACUUCAGAGUUAGGACAGGAGAAGUGACCCUGAGCAUCUGCUCCCCAUUGGGUGGGUCUGAGGAGCUCCCUGUGGCCCUGAGUGAUUCUCCUCUUUUGGAGGAGACUGGGAGGCUCUCAGGGGAAGUAUGCAGUUUAGUCUGUGGUGCUGAGAGUGCUGCCCCAUGGAUUGAGUCUCCAUUACUUCCCUACCCGCCAUAG